AUGUUUGAUGAAGUUUCGCCUUUUUCGUCUGUACUCAUCUGGAUUCUUGCGACGUCUUCACUGAUUGUGGUGAUCACCCCUCCAUCCACCAAUCACCCCCGAUCAACGUCAUACGAUCCUAUUACGACAGCAGAAAAGCUCAGUCUGGACGAUAUAACAUCAACAUUCAAAAUGAACGGUCAACUAGACAACAAUCAACAGUAUGAUCAAGGAAAUAUGUUCAACAUGAAAUCAGAUUAUCCGAUCUUCAAUCGUCCGAUGGGUCUUCGUUACCGUAACGAUGAACCACUGAUGCGAAUGCGAAUGCAGCAAUCAGCCGUACCUAUUCGACCCAUUCUCACAGAGCAUCCGAGAACGCCAUUCGGUUUACCAUCCACUUCAAACCAUCAUGCAACAACUUCUAAUGGAUACGGAUAUAACAGUCCAACUCUUGAAGAUAUGGACCUAAUUGAUGUACUCUGGAGAAGAGAUAUUGCUGGAGAGAAAGGAACACCAACAGUGGAACCAGCUGAGCAGUACGAGCGUGAUUUGAUGACACUGACUGAAAAAUCAUCGUCAGGACCACUGAAUCAAGAAGAACGUGAUGCUUAUGAAGGUUUAUCGUUGAAUUUGUAUCAAGGUUUCUUUGAAUGUCAGUACCAGAAAGCGCAACCAGAACAAGUGAAGUUGCAUACUCCUGAACAACACUGCUCGCAUGAUGAGUCUGCAGAUGAUUUGCCAACUGACAACGAUCUUGAGGAGCUUCUGAAAGAUGUAUCUCGUGAAGAAAGUGAAUUGAACAAAGUCUUUGAGAACACGAAUCCCGUGCUCAACAAUAUUUCACUGUCCGAGGGAAUUGUAUACACACAAGCAAACUUUACUGAAAUGCAGGAACUCCAAGAUUCGUGUAAUCAAGUCAACUGCACUGCAUCAUCAGUUGUUUCCUCUUCCCAAGCAGCUUCCCUUUUCAAUGAUACUGAUGCUCAGACUCGUGAACGGUGGCAAGAUGCCGAUAUGGUUCAUACUGAUUUGUUCCAACCACCAAACUACGUCUACGUUGGAAUGACAAAUGACACUCCACAAGCCAUCGUUUCCAAUGGACAAAUCGGUUACGAUCACGCGUACUCCUCAUCAGUUCAGGCUCCACUUUCCCCAUUGAAUCUUGCAAGAUCCACCAAUGGACGUCAACAACAGACUCAGACGAGCCCAGGAAGCGCAACGGUCACUGCCACGGCAACUCAUUCUCUCUUCGAGUCACACUACAUGCCAAGAAACUCGUUCAGUGAUUGCACAACUGAUUCAUCCUCCCCAUGCUCCCGUUUGUCAUCUGAAUCUCCACGUUACAAUUCGGAAAGCUCAUCUGGACAACACGAGUCUCGCUUCUACGGGAAGUUGAUUCCAUCCCGAUCUCGUUUCGAUCGACCAUCUCCAUCUCGUUCUCCACACUCUUCCAAGAUCAAUCGGGUUAUGAACGUUGCAACACGGAAGCGUGGACGUCAAUCAAAGGAUGAGCAGCUCGCUGCUGAGAACGCUCUUCCCGUUACUGCUCAUCAAAUCUCGGAGAUGUCGUUGAGUGAACUACAACAAGUAUUGAAGCAAGACGAUCUCAGCGAAUAUCAGAGACAAUUGAUCCGCAAGAUUCGUCGUCGCGGAAAGAACAAGGUCGCUGCUCGCACUUGCCGUCAACGUCGCACUGAUCGCCACGACAAAGUCUCCAGCAUGACUCAUUACAUCUAA